GCGCGGCAAGCGAGCCAAAGUCAAAACGUGCGAAUUAACCUCGUUAGCGUCUGUGGCAAGCACAUUGGGGCACAAACGGCGUGAACGAUGCUGCUGCCACAACGGUCACGUUAACAGUAGAACAUUUUGAGAUUCUAAAGAAAAGCGCCUGUCGAAAUGGGCCACGAGUGAAGGUACGUUUAAUGGCUGUCUAGAAUUACAAAAUACCCACCGCCACCAACUGAAUCCGAAGCCAACCGCAAACUUUCAUUGAAACGUCCAACAACAAGAACAACAAGAACAGCAGCAGGAUUAAGCAAUAAGCAAAAAGAGUACAAAACAUCGUUCGCCCUUGGCAUUUGCAACACGGCCACCAGGCGGAAGUUGCAGGAAGAAACAGCUGCUGCCAGCUUGCAGCAUUAAACGUAACUUUUAUUGAGAUAACGCCAAUCUAGAGGCGGUGCAGCCAAGACGCAAUCCUGGCCCAGCGACAACAACAACAUCACAGCACCAACGGCAGCGGCAGCGGCGUUGGCAGCGUCGCGAGCAGCGGCGUUGGCAGCGUGCCCGUCAUCAUGGAGGGGCCGGAGGUAACAUUUCUCUUUCAAUUUGGCAGCAUUCGCGAUGCAGUCUGUGUGCCGGUAAAUGCGCUCACGCUUAAAUCGCUCAAGGAUUUGGCAUGUGACUUCAUCAACACCAAGAUACCAGAUAGCGGACUCACAUAUCUGUCAGAGCGCAUACUGCUCUUCAUACAUGACUAUAGCACACCCAAUGUGCUGCACAUUAUCAAUUCCGCCGCGGAAGUUGUGGACGAGACAUUGGUGGAAAUUGUAUUAACAGCCAGUCCCAUACUGUAUCCGACAUCGGAAAUGCCAACACUGAAGCCGCAUAGCCUGAACGUGCACUCCUAUAAGGCGCCCACAUUCUGUGAUUUUUGUGGCGAGAUGCUGUUUGGUCUGGUGCGUCAAGGACUCAAAUGUGAUGGCUGUGGUCAAAACUAUCACAAACGAUGUGUGGUGAAAAUACCCAACAAUUGCAACCGGUCUACUGAUGCCACAUCGCAACGUUCGUUCACAUUGCAGCCGCCCCGCAGCCCAUCCGGCAGCUCACAGCAGUCGCUUCUCUCCAACGAGGAGUCGACGGGUCGUCAUGACUCCAGCAGUUCAUUGAACAUACCAGGAUAUACCGGCCGUCAUCAGCGCACUCACUCCGCCAGCAGCCGGAACGGUCAGAUGGUGCUCCGGAUUCCACACACCUUCAUGGUGCACACAUACGGCAUACCCACGGUCUGUCAGCACUGCAAGAAACUGCUGAAGGGCUUGUUCAAGCAGGGCUUGCAAUGCCGUGACUGCCAGUACAAUACUCACAAGAAGUGCAUGGAUAAGGUGCCGCAGGACUGCACCGGCGAGACGCAGCUCAGUCAAUUGCAGGCGGAGAUUAGCGAUGGGACGCCGCGCAAGGAGCGCGACAAUUUCUUUCGCGAGGAGUUCGAUGACAGCGAUUUUGAAGAUGGUCCACAAACUGAAUAUGCCAAAUAUAACAAAGCCAGCAGCGGCACAAAUCUGGUAGCUGGACGACCAAGGGAGCCACCCAAGGCCUUGACCAAUGCACAUAACUCACCACCGGAGCUAGUCAAUGGUGGCAUGGAUGGUAGCAGUAGCAGCACUGCGGGUGAUACCAAAUCCAGCGAUGGCCAGUCGGAGCAGUCGCAAUCCUCAUCCUCCUCUUCACCUAGCGCCAAUAUACCCCUCAUGCGCAUUGUGCAGUCUGUGAAGCACACAAAGAAACGUGGUGGCCAGGCCAUCAAGGAGGGUUGGCUGGUGCACUACACCUCCAUGGACAAGGCGCUGAAACGCUACUAUUGGCGGCUGGACUCCAAGACCAUAACGUUGUUCAUAUCGGAGCAGGGCAGCAAGUACCACAAGGAACUGCCCCUCGCCGACCUACUUUCAAUCAAAACAAAUCGUGAUCCGCGACCCGAAAGCAACUACUGCUUUGAGCUGUGCACCGCCAAUCUGAACUACUACGUGGGCCAGGAUCCUCAGCUGGGCGUGGGUGUGGAUCAUGCCGUACGCCUGCCACCGCCGGACAGUGGCAUCGGCACAGACAUAGCCAAGAGCUGGGAGACCAGCAUACGCCAAGCCUACGUGCAUGUGACCAACACGCAAUGCUGCGAAUCGGAGGAACAGGUGCAGGACAUGGGUCAGCUGUAUCAGAUCUUUCCCGACGAAGUGCUCGGCUCCGGUCAGUUCGGUGUCGUCUAUGGGGGUGUCCACAAGAAGACCAAGCGGGAGGUGGCCAUCAAGGUAAUCGACAAGCUACGCUUCCCCACCAAACAGGAGGCACAGCUGAAAAACGAGGUGGCCAUACUCCAAAACAUAACCCACUGUGGCGUCGUUAAUCUGGAGCGUAUGUUCGAAACACCGGAGCGCAUAUUUGUGGUCAUGGAGAAGCUUAAGGGUGACAUGCUGGAGAUGAUACUCUCGCAUUCACGCGGCCGUCUCAGCGAGCGUGUGACCAAGUUUCUGAUCACACAAAUCCUGAUUGCCCUGAAGUAUCUGCACUCCCAGAACAUAGUGCAUUGCGAUCUGAAGCCGGAGAAUGUGUUGCUCUCUUCGGAUGCUGAAUUUCCGCAGGUGAAGCUCUGUGAUUUUGGCUAUGCGCGCAUCAUUGGCGAGAAAUCCUUUAGACGUUCGGUUGUGGGUACGCCCGCCUAUCUGGCGCCCGAGGUGUUACGCAACAAGGGCUACAAUCGCUCGCUGGACAUGUGGAGCGUCGGUGUCAUCAUCUAUGUGAGCCUCAGCGGCACAUUUCCCUUUAACGAGGAGGAGGAUAUUAACGAUCAGAUACAGAACGCGGCAUUCAUGUAUCCGCCAAAUCCAUGGAAGGAGAUCUCCUCGAAUGCCAUUGACCUAAUCAACAACCUGCUGCAGGUGAAGCAGCGCAAACGCUACACAUGCGACAAGAGUCUGAUGCACUAUUGGCUGCAGGAUAAGCAGACAUACAGGGAUUUGCGUAAUUUGGAGACGCAAGUGGGCCUGGGGCGCUAUCUCACCCAUGAGGCAGACGAUGUGCGCUGGGACAGCGCUGGUGACAUUUGACCUGCUGCAGGUGGCAAAACAACAACAGCAACAACAACAACAACAACCGAAAACGCAACAAAUCCAGAACUGAUGCAACCGCUGUCCGGCUGCCAUAGCGCGCCCAGCGAUAGCUAUCCAUCCCCAUCGAACUGUGCCGGCUGCCAUCGUCUGACCAGCUCGCCGAAAGUGGAGGCCAUUGGCGAUAAGGCGUUGAAGUGGAUGCGCUUUCAUCUCUGCAAGCACAUCAAAUAGCGUCCACUUAUCCAUAGCUUUUUCUAAACAUAUUUUAUUGUUUAUAUACACAUACAUAUGUUUGUCACUGACUGUAAAUUAAGGACAAAUUUUAAUUAGCACCUUGUUCAAAAGUGAAAAAAAAAAAAACAAAAAUUAAAAAUUUUCAGCGAUCUAAACCUAUUACAUAACUGUGAA